AUGCUCCCCAUUCAGAAUAUGAACAGAGGCUUCAGGUUAACUUCAGGAGACUCAGAAGGAGAAUCCACAAUAGACAAACUUCUAAACAUGAAUGUAUUCGGAGAAGACGAACCAAAAUCUGAAAUUGAAUUGAAUCCCCUGCUAACCUAUCACCCAUUCAAUAACACUUGCAAAUUUCCAGUCCCAAAUAUCUAUGCCGAGGAUAUUAUGCCAUUCCACUUAUCCGAGAGAAUGCGUGUACUAAAAUGUGAAAUCAAGGUAAAAGAUUAUGCGUCAAUGGACUCCGAGGGCUAUAUAUAUGCUCAUCCACAUUUUGUCGACUGGCCAAGAAUCGAGAGGGAGGUUGAGUGUAAAGUGGAUAUAAUCGAGGGAGGACUUCGACAGGAUUCUCGAAAUCUCACGAAAAAUUCGAUUUUUGUGAAGAAAACUGUUGAUAUCCCCUCCAACGAGCGACUAUUCGUCAACGCCGACGCAUUUAUCGUCCACUGCUACAAUAUGUCAAAAAAAGCUGUGAAUCCUAAAGAACCCAUUUGGAAGAAACCGUUCCCUGGAAUGAAGGAUAAGAAUUUGCCGGAGGAUGAGGUGCUUCGUGUGAAAGAUCUCUACUCAUAUGGGAAUUACGGUAACAGGUUGAGAGAUCAGGUGGCGAAGUCAGCGGAGAGAUAUUCGAUUGAUAUUUUGGGCUUCGAUUCGACCGCCCGUACCAUGUUUCUCCGGCACAUGCCUAGAACCGUUGAGGUGAUGGCGAAACUCGACUAUCACUAUCUCUAUGGAUACACAAAAGUCGCUGAUAACUCAAUGGUGAAUCUUGCUCCAAUUCUAGUCGGUGAUAUGGAGGAAGCGCUGAAAAAGCCGAAAUUCGACUCUUCGGGAGAUAUCAAUAUCAAUUGGAUUCUCCCCACCGAGGAUAAGAUGGACCCGACGAAACUUAAUUUCUUGUGGAAAAUUAUGAAAGAAAAAUACGGAUGUGAGACCCUUUUCAACGAAGACAUCUCUGGAAAGUCGUUGGGACUCUUUAACUACCCGCCAACCGAGUUUCAGCCAGGAUUCACCGAAAACCCGGCAGACCACUAUUACCGCGUCUACUACCUCGCUGUUUACGAGAAAUGGAAGUAUGAGGCAUGUCGUGACGGAGAGCAAUUGCAGAAUGAAUUCAUUAAUAUUUGGAAACGAUUCGCCCAUCGUUACAAGGAUAUCUGUCACUUUGGGUUCACUUUUGUCACGACAAUAACCCACGAAGCAGGUCUCGUUAUUGAAAUUCUCGACGAGAAACUCGCGGACCGUCUCAGCCAGAUGCAUCUGGAUGGCGACUUGGAGAACACGUUGUCAGUGAUAAUGGGAGAUCAUGGAAAUCGAAUUGGAGCCGUUCAAAGGAGAUAUCACGGAAGGAUUGAGGAGAGAAUGCCUCUGAUGGCUGUGAGAUUUCCAACGGGAUUCAAGGAAAAAUAUCCGGUGGAGUAUCGCAACUUUUUGGAUAAUAAGUUCAAGUUGACGAGCAACUUCGAUGUGCACAAAAUGCUCCACGACUUUGUUCACAUGCGACUCGGCGAAAACAAGGCGAAAGCUGACGAGGGACGAGGGAUUAGUCUUCUCGACGUUAUUCCCAACACCCGAAUGUGUCCGGAUGUCACCGUUGCCGAAAACUUUUGCAUGUGUAUGAUAGAUGUCUCGAAUGUCACUGUUCCAUUGCCAAAAAUGGAGAAAAAGAAGGUUGCUGAGCAGAAAAAAGAUCAAUUCGAUGUUCUCAAAAAAUGGCUGAAAGAGGAGAAACUCGAUGAUUGUGUAGAUUUGAAUAGUUUGGAGACGGGCACCGACUUCAAGGAGAUGGCUAUCAAUCCGUAUAGCAGGUUUGGUUUGAGAACGAAGAAGAACGCGACGGCAGUGGAAAUGAUGAAAGAGAGGCAUAAGAAGAAUGCAGAGUUGAAUUACCUAAACUUCGAAUUCACUGUCACCGGCGCGUACACAAACUCGGAGCCAGUGAGCAUGCUGGUCCGAACGGAACUAUUCGUCGAGAAGAGCACAAGUCAGCUAAUCUUCGAACCAAUGAUUCAGGAAACGCCGUCGGCGUGCCACUUUGUAUCCAUUUUUGAUGUGUGCCAGUGUCUUCGUUUAGCUAUUCCCAAGUGA